AUGUCAACCAGGAGCAGGAGUGGCUGUGUGGAAUAUCUGAAAGAGUGCUUAUGUGCAACUGAAGGAGAUCAUCAAAUGAGAAAUCGGAAGUGGAGUAUGAAACUCUUGAGAGUGUUAUGGUGCAAUUUUUGGGAAGAACACAAGCGUGUGAAGCCAAAAAUGGCCAUAGAAACCCUUGCAUCAGAUCAAGUUGGAUUGCUGGAAUAUGAACAGGUGUACCUGGAUAACCUCCCUUCGGCUGAAACUUAUGAAUACAGCUACAUGCACCGCGAUGUAAUUGCGCACAUCACAGUCACCAAGUCUGGUUUUAUAAUCACAGCCAGUAUUGAUGGUCACGUGAAGUUCUGGAGGAAACUGGAAGAAGCUGGCAUCGAGUUUGUGAAGCAUUUCCGCAGUCACCUAGGAAACAUUGAGGAUGUUGCAGCAAGCAGCAACGGCGAAUAUUACUGCACCAUAUCAAAUGACAAAUCUGUGAAGGUGUUUGAUGUCGUCAACUUUGAUAUGAUCAAUAUGUUAAAACUUUCUUUCCCACCUUCCUGCUGUUGCUGGUUGUUCACAGCGGGUGAUGUGGUUGCUGCCCUAGCAAUCUCAUUAGUGGACUGGGUGCUUUCUCCAUCACUGAGUCAACAAUACAACUCCCAGUUCGAUGUGGUGGUCUCCUCGGAUGAGAGUGGAAUGGUGGAAUAUUGGACUGGCCCUAAACGUGACUAUGGCUUCCCAAAGAACAUCAGCUGGUCGUACAAAACAGACACCGAUCUCUAUGACUUCGUUAAGUAUAAAUCUGUUCCUACCCACAUGUGUUUCUCCCCCAAUGGUUUGUUAAUGGCUGCAGUCUCCACUGACCGAAAGGUUCGAAUCUUCAAGUUUCUCACAGGUAAACUCUCCAAAGUGUUUGACGAGUCCCUCGAACGAGUCACAGCUGUUCAACAGAUCAAACAACAACUUCCUAACAUGGAAUUUGGCCGACGUAUGGCCGUGGAACGAGAUUUAGAGAAAUCAACCUCUUUCAGGAAUUGCAACAUUGUUUUUGACGAAACUGGUUACUUUGUCCUCUACAGCUCUAUGCUGGGUGUGAAAGUGGUCAACCUCUACACCAACCAAUGUAUGCGCAUCCUUGGAAAGCCAGAGAAUGCUCGGCUGCUGCAGAUCGACUUGUUGCAGGGUUCUGGUAAGCGCCACAAGGUGGCUCUGGAUGCAGACAUGGUUGCCGCUGACAACCCCAUCAUCCAGGCCCCACUGCAGGACCCCACCCUCUUCUGUACGGCCUUCAAGAAGAACCGAUUCUACAUGUUCACCAGACGAGAACCAGAAGACAUCAAGAGGUAUGACACAAAUGUUGAUGUAUAUUUACUGUUUUUGUCUGUUUCUUUUUCCAUCCAGGAUGCAUCUUACACACGUGUUGCUGAAUCUUGUAUCCUCCACACUUCAUCAGGUGACAUACACUGCAAACUCUUCCCAAGGGAGUGUCCAAAGACUGUAGAAAACUUUUGCGUUCACAGCCGUAACAGUUACUUCAAUGGACAUAUUUUCCACAGAAUUAUUAAGGGGUUCAUGAUACAGACCGGUGACCCACUCGGGAAUGGCACAGGAGGAGAGUCAAUAUGGGGGGGAGAGUUUGAAGAUGAGUUCCAUCCCAGCCUGCGUCACGAUCGACCCUACACGCUCAGUAUGGCAAACGCUGGGGCCAAUUCUAAUGGAUCACAGUUCUUCAUCACAGUCGUUCCUACGCCAUGGUUGGACAACAAACAUACAGUGUUUGGCCGAGUGACCAAGGGGAUGGAGGUGGUUCAGACCAUCAGCACAGUGAAGACCAACCCAAAGACAGACAAACCAUACGACGACAUCAGGAUAGUGAGUGUCACUAUUAAGUAAUGCUGUGAUCCUUUCCCGGAGCAUAAGACACACUCAUCUUCCAACCCUCAACGGGGUACACAAAAGGGACACUGGACAAAAGCUACAGCAGGAUAAACAGUCAGAGCAACUGGGGUACAUGCAAAAUGUGUGUGUAUAUAUAUAUAUAUAUAUAUAUAUAUAGAUAGAUAAGUGUGUGUAUGAAUAUCAAUGUGUCUGUUUCUAAUAUAUGUAUAUCUACAAACACGCAUAUGUACAUGUAUGCGUCUGUGUGUGUGUAUCCCAAAAAGUAUACACGUGUAAAUAUACAUAUAUACACAAAAAAAUCCCUUUACGACUGCUUGUGUGUGUAUAUAUAUAAACACACACACACAUAUAUAUGAGCAUAUCUAUACAUGUUUGUGUUGUGUGUGUGUGUGUGUAUUUAUAUACGUGCUCAUAUACAUGUAUGUAUGCAAAUAUAUAUACAUAUGUAUAUUGUAUUUUUUUUUUUUGUCAAAAACAAAUUUUCUGCCAAUAAAAUUUAUUUUUUUAAUA